ACGGGGGACGCUUCACUUGACGCAGAAAGACCUGCAGGUGACCAAAGCGCAGUUGGACCAAAUUGCAAUGGACAAUGUUGAUCAGGACACCAAACUAGUUGGAAUGACAAACAGAUUGGUAGCCAGUGAGAAGAAAGCGGAGGCUCUGGAGAAGCAGGCUGAAGCACAAAAGGCAGAUCUUUUGGCUUUGAAGACCAGACUGGCUGCCACUGAGGCUGAAACUGAAGGAGCCAAGCUGAAGAUGGAAGACCUGAGAAAGGCCAACGUGGAACAAUUGAAAGGGCUGACUUUGGUGAAGGACAGACUGUCUGGCAUCGCAACUGAAGUAGGGAAUCUGAAGACAGAGAUGGCAGAGACAGCAGCAGCACCCAAGGUGGCAUUCUCAGCAGCUCUGACGAACGCAGGAUUCGUAAAUGCCGGCUACGCGGAACUGAAUUUGGUCUUCAGCAAAGUCAUCACCAAUGUCGGAGGGGCCUACAGCAGAGGCUCAGGCUUCUUCACAGCUCCGGUCAGGGGAGUCUAUUUCUUCAGGUUCACGGUGGUGGAUCAUCUGGCAUCCCGCACCAUGUUCAUCAGGCUCCUUAAGAAUGGACAGGCAGUCAUUCUCAUCGGCGAAUAUGACAACGAUGCGCAUGCCACGUAUCUGUCCAGCGGUGUGACUCUGCUGCUGGAGACGGGAGACAGGGUCAACAUGGCAAUCCCAGCGGGUCACAGGCUCUAUGACGAUGCUAAUAAUCAGUGUAUGUUCAGCGGCUUCCUGCUCUUUGCUCUCAAAAACGAAUAGUUUCAAUUUAUUUGCUUUGAUUCAUUUUAGCGUUCAGCCAAGGGUAUUAGUAGUAUAGUAGUUUCUGAGUGAGGAGUCCACACACAUGAAAUCCUUUUCCCGCCUUCUUCUGAAGUAGUUCCGUCAUGAAAUAAAAUAACAAACAAAAAUAAUUUCAAGUGUGCAGACUCUUCAAUCUAAAACUCAAAUCAGCCUUUGUACUGUACCCCUUCUCAAAAACCAACAACAAUGAAUGUUAUUAUGAAUAAUAAAGAUGAGUAUAAAGCACUUUUAAUCAUGCAAUCCAUUCUUUGGAAAUAUUCUA